CGGACUUCAUCUUUAAUGCGCUUUUCUUUUUGUUACCUAGUUGCUGAUCAUCUGGGCUGUGAUCCUCAAACACGGUUCUUUGUCCCUCCUAAUAUCAAACAGUGGAUCGCCUUGCUGCAAAGAGGAAAUUGCACCUUUAAAGAGAAAAUAUCACGGGCUGCUUUCCACAAUGCGGUUGCUGUAGUCAUCUACAAUAAUAAAUCCAAAGAGGAGCCGGUCACCAUGACUCAUCCAGGCACGGGAGAUAUUAUUGCUGUCAUGAUAACAGAAUUGAGGGGUAAAGAUAUUUUGAGUUAUCUGGAGAAAAACAUCUCUGUACAAAUGACAAUAGCUGUUGGAACUCGAAUGCCGCCAAAGAACUUCAGCCGUGGCUCUCUAGUCUUCGUGUCAAUAUCCUUUAUUGUUUUGAUGAUUAUUUCUUCAGCGUGGCUCAUAUUCUACUUCAUUCAGAAGAUCAGGUACACAAAUGCUCGCGACAGGAACCAGCGUCGUCUUGGAGAUGCAGCCAAGAAGGCCAUCAGUAAAUUGACAACUAGAACAGUGAAAAAGGGUGAUAAGGAAACAGACCCAGACUUCGAUCACUGUGCAGUCUGCAUAGAGAGCUAUAAGCAGAAUGAUGUUGUUCGGAUUCUCCCUUGCAAGCAUGUUUUCCACAAAUCAUGUGUGGACCCCUGGCUUAGUGAACACUGUACCUGUCCUAUGUGCAAACUUAAUAUUUUGAAAGCCCUAGGAAUUGUGCCAAAUCUGCCGUGUACUGAUAAUGUAGCAUUUGAUAUGGAAAGGCUUACCAGAACCCAAGCAGUUAACCGAAGAUCAGCCCUCGGUGACCUUGCCAGCGACAGUUCCCUUGGCCUUGAGCCACUGCGAACUUCAGGCAUAUCUCCUCUUCCUCAAGAUGGGGAGCUCACUCCUCGAACGGGUGAAAUCAACAUAGCAGUAACAAGUGGGCACUUCUUUCACCGGAACUCCCUGUCGCCUCGUAGCCUGGUGUACGAAAGUGAAUUCUCCACAAUCGAACCAUCCUUGGACAUGUAUGAUGAGAACAAAACCUGAAUUUUUUUUAAAAAUGGGCUGUUGGGGGUCUCUCCUUUUGAAAUUUGAUUUAUGGUCACCUUUCUUAUUUUGUAUUUUUCUGUCAUCAUCCGUUUUGGAAGAAUGGCAGUACCGCUGGGUGCAAGUUGGGGUUCAGAGUUAAAUUGCAGAGUUCCCCCCCACAAGGUGAGGUUUGGGGACAACAUUAUUGCCCAGGUGAGCCUCAUGGUACUGAAGACCCACCCAGAGCUAACCACCGAGCAUGGGCACCC